AUGCAUGCGUUCUACCUUGCAGUCUUCACUCUUCUAGGUGGGGCUCAUGGAAGAUCACAUGCUUCUCCUGCGUCUUCAGCAAGUCGAGAUGUUUGCGCAGUAGGCUCAUGCUCCGAUUCUCCUCGUUUUUCAAUCCCUAUUAACUUCCUUCAGCUUGAACCCUCCUCGAAAGUCUCAGACGCUUGCGCAUCUUAUGGCGACCUCAACAACUUGAACGACAGAUUACAUCCUUACGUACGAAAUCUUGCGAAUAAUACCGACUUCUUCUCGUAUUAUCGAUUGAAUCUAUACAACAAGAAAUGUCCGUUCUGGGAUGAUGAGAAUGGGAUAUGCGGGAAUCGAGCGUGUGCUGUCAUUACGGUGGACGACGAGGAAGAUAUUCCGGAAAUAUGGAGGGCGCAAGAAUUGAGUAAACUGGAAGGGCCAAAAGCAGAGCACCCGGGCAAGAAACAGCAAAAAGAGAGGCAGCAGCCGCUCCUGGGCCAGCUUGGAGCAGAUGUCGGAGAGAGCUGCGUGGUGGAGAUUGAUGAUGAAUCUGACGAACGAGAUUAUUGCGUGCCAGAAGAUGAGAGGGCCAGUGCUAAAGGAGACUAUGUCAGUCUGGUGGAGAACCCGGAACGCUUUACUGGAUACUCUGGAGAUGGAGCACAUCAGGUCUGGGAAUCCAUAUACCGGGAGAACUGUUUCUCCAAACCAGUGUCGAUGGAGCAAAGCUCACGCAACAUGGGCCAGUCGGCUGUGUCUGCAUUGUCUCAGGACCAAGCGCAAGCAGCUUUAGAGUUGAAGCAAGUGAUGAAGGCAAGCAGACCGGACGAUGGGUUGGAUUUCGAGGACGAAUGCUUGGAGAAGAGGGUGUUCUAUCGAGUCAUCUCUGGUAUGCACGCAUCGAUAUCUACGCACCUCUGUUACGACUAUCUCAACCAAUGGACUGGAGAAUGGGGACCAAACCUGACGUGCUACAAGGAGAGAUUACACGGCAAGCCGGAGCGCAUAUCCAAUCUUUACUUCAACUUCGCGCUUGUCUCGCGAGCAGUUGGCAAGCUGCGGGACUAUGUGCAGGACUACACAUUCUGCACUGGCGACCCUGAACAAGAUGCCAAAACCAAGAAGAUGAUCACCAAGCUGGCCAACGCCAUUCCUCCUGGACCGAUGAUCUUUGACGAGAGCGUCAUGUUUCAAGACCAAACGCCGGAUGGUAUCAGUUUGAAAGAAGACUUCCGCAAUCGAUUCCGCAACGUCAGCCGGGUUAUGGACUGCGUAGGCUGCGACAAAUGCCGACUGUGGGGCAAGGUCCAGACCAAUGGAUUUGGAACGGCGCUGAAAGUGCUUUUCGAGUUCGGUCAUGAGCACGAGGGUCAGGACAAGCCACUUCUCCGCAGAACCGAGCUGGUGGCGCUGGUGAACACGCUGGAUAAGAUCAGCUCGGCGCUCAAAGCAUUGGAGCAUUUCAAGGCCAUGGUAGAAGCGGAGCAAGCAGGCAAGUCGGUGGCUGAGGCUGAGAAUACGCCGCGACCGUCAGCGCGAAUCGAGCCGAGCAGUGUACCAAAUUUCGACGAUCUGGAUGAGCUCGACGAUUUUGAUCACGACGACACACCCGCCCGCGACCCCGAGACGAUCAGCGAAAUCUUUUGGGCGGAGCUCGACCUGGUCUUCCGGGCAUGGGUUUUCGUGCUCAGAAGCUGGGUCGAGUUGCCAACGAAAAUUCCGAGUAUCGUGGCGACUGAGUUCUUCCGGCUCAGUGACUUCUGGCUGGGACGACCGGUUCGGCCGAGAACGUGGGAAAUAAGAUUUCCGACGAAGGACGAGUUAUGAAUAUCAUGUUCAUUUUUUUCUCGAUGAACACUGUUUUGUAUUUAGAAGAAGCAUAAGCGAUGGCGCCGUGGCGUAUGGACAUGGAGUGUGGGAGUGGCUAAAACAACAAGUGUACAUUUUGAUCGGAGCAGGACUCCCCAGGGAUGUGGAGUACAAUACCCAUUGUUUUUCCCGUUCU